AUGGGUGGUUUACCGGCAACAACAUCCGAUGGCGUUCGUACAUUGCUGGUAGUGUUAUUGUUUACUCUGCUGCCUACGCCCUGCAAUGCAAUUACGAAGCUCAGACUGGAUAUCACAACUGGAGAUCAGAUCAACAUAAUCUUCGGUGAAGAGAAUGUUCUGUCAUUUGACUUAGAGUUAGAAGUUAUUGGCAACCAAGUAGAAACCGGAGAAGACUUAGAAUUCUUUGCGUUUUUGUCAUCAGAAGAAAGUGGCAGUAUAAUGGAUCCGACAAAAAGAACAGAUAAUACUCCUGUAAUUUUGUCUAGCGAACAGAAGGCCAUGCCCCUUAAUACAAGCAGUCUGGACAAUGAAGUGCUUAACACGUAUUCCGAUGUUGAAGUAGCUCUCAAUUUCACGGGUGUUCCCGGAUGUUUUGACCAAACUGGUAGUUCGUAUGAUUUAAUAUGCAUUGUCGUAGAUGGUACUGGUGAAUUGGUUAACUUGCUCAUUCCCGAUACGUACUGUCUUUUCUUGGACUCGUGUAAAAGUGUGAUCACUAUAGCGUUGGACGGUGGACCAAGUGUCACAUCUAACGCUCAUGCCGGUCUUGAUGUUAUAUAUGGCACAUUGAAGGAUUUUACUCUGGAUAUUUCUGUUGAGACGGAUGACGCCAACAAAACAGCCAACAUGACUGCUGCAUUCGAGGCCCGAGUGUUUCUUGCAGUAUCUGACAACGGAACCAGUGGGAUUUUUGUAACGAAUGCAUCUUUGGUGGAUGAGUAUGUUGAUGUAGAACCAGAUGCCAUGUUUUUCUUGACCGGCUUGACUGCUACAAUGGACGACCUAAGCGGUCUGAACUGCGACAUACAUACUCAUGUCUGCGUCUUACUCGGUCCUGCGAAAGAUGCGGAUUGGCAGUGGGGUACAGGCACCGGUUCAGUAACAGCUUGCGCUGAGCUGAAUUGCACAAGUGAAAUCGAAGCAGACCCUCCUCCUACGAUGGUAAGCCACGUGGGCGGCAAUCUUGAUAUUGUUAUGGGAAUUAUCCCGGAAUCGUUUAAUUUGAACAUCAGCAUAACGACGGGCCAUGCCACGGCACAGAUAUACGGAGACGUGGCUGAUCUGUUUAGCGUUGAUAUCUAUCUAGCGAAUACAGAAAACGGGACAGGGGCCACUGCAGUAAAGACAGAGGGUGAUGUAACCCCGGGUAAUAUCACCGUCAGUCCCGAUGUCGACAGUGGAAUCAACCUCACAGUCAUCAACGUUAGAGGAGACGUCUACACAUUUGACUUAAAUUGUGACGACUAUAGCUAUGUCUGUGUUGACAUUAAUUCACGGGAUACUGAAAAGUGGACGUGGUCUGGCGCCGAUACUGAUGCAAAAGUAGCUUGUACGGAAAUUGACACAUGCGAAGCUAAUAUUACCGCCGAUGUUUCUGUUACUACGAAUGGAGGAGGAAAUUUGGACAUUGUUAUGGGAAGAUUCGUAGAAUUCGUUCUAGAUAUUGAAAUAGACGUUGAUGAUCCGAGUGCUGUAGUAGAUGCUCAUGGCAUAGAUAUGUUUAGUAUACUUAUCUAUUUGGGUGAUAACAUUACACAAAGCACUGCUGUCAAUGCUACGAAUAUUUCAACAGACCAUGUCAUCCUCUCUGCAGACGUCGGUGCUACUGUCCUGAGUGGCAUUCAGGGUGUCAUUAACACGGAUGGUUUAUCGUGUGAAAACUUUGACUAUGUUUGUGUAGACAUUGGCCCUAAGACAACAUAUCCGUCUGAACCAUGGAACUGGAGUGAUGGGUCACUAAUGAAAACUGCGUGUAUACAGUUUGACAGUUGCGUGGUACAAGUGACUAAUAACACAAUCUAUCUGAGAAGCAGCGUUGUCAGCGACCUCAACAUUAUCAUGGGUACCACAGACAAAGUGUUCAGCCUCGAAAUGUCAAUACGUACCGACAUUGCUACUGGUGAAAUCACGGACUCGGCGGAUAAUUUGUUUGAAGUCGACAUAUACCUCUCCCACGACCAGUUUGGGGCAAAUUCUACAAUAAAAUACCCAACUACAAUAACACCAGUCGAAGUUACAAUUGAUACUACUUCGACGACCCGAGAUAUUACUGUAACUAAAACCGGAUUUGACCUUACCGGGUUGAACUGUGACACAUACAUUUACAUUUGUAUUGACGUUUCGCCGAGGGCUGGAUCAAAAUGGUCAUGGACAUAUAAUCCCGGCACGGCUCAGACAGCAUGUGUACCGUUAGGAGUGUGCACAAGUUCAAUCACUGAAAACGUAAUCACGCUUUCUGCCACUGAUUUAAACAUCCUCAUGGGAACAAGGAAGCACUUUGAGUUGACCGUGGUGAUAUCUGUGAUACCAGACAGUGCUGAGGUAAUCGGAAAUGCAGAUGACUUAUUUGAAUUGAUGACUUAUGUCUCGAGCACAGAUGGUCAAAUACAGGCGAUAUCUGUUGCAGUAUCCCCGACUAGCGGGACAGACUUGCACAUUAUUAUGGGCACUUCAAAAGUUUAUGAUUUAAACAUCGUCAUCAACACUGGACCAGACACGUCUCUAAUAAAUGGUGCUGGCGACGAUUUGUUCUCCGUAUCAUUCUACCUAUUUCAAAGCCACGGCCAGCAUGGUAUAACUGGACCAUUAUUAGACGCAACAGUUUCUUCGGAUGUGGUAACCGUGCAACCUAAUUCGGCCACCAUGCUGCUCGAUGUCAGUAACCCUCACACUCCAGAUGACCUGUUGGGUUUAGAGUGCGGUACCUGGGAUGAGAUUUGCGUGUCAAUCUCACCAGCCUUAGGUUCUGGGUGGAAAUGGACAUUAAAUAUAGCUAAAAUAGAUACAUGUACAGCCAUAACUGGUUGUCAAACGUUAAUGAACCUAGAUGAAAUGAUAGUGUCUGCAAGUGAUGGUAGCAGCCACAUUAGCAUUGCAAUGGGCUCUAUUGCAACUCUUGUAGUUGAUGUCACAAUAUCAACAGCGUCUACUUUAACUGGGUUACUUAGUGGUCGAGCUAAUACUCUGUUUCAAAUGCACAUGUAUCUGGCGGCGAACGAUGACGGUACGGGUAAUUCGCCUAAAGUAGAAGCUCGAGUGCCGCAUGAGAGUUUGACUUUAGCUGAUGCCAGUCGGCGCACCAUCGAGGACGUGGAAGCGGAUUUGGACCUCAGGUUUAGGGCAUGUGCUGAUUUUAGUUAUACUUGUGUUGACGUAACGCCGGCGUCUCCUGAUUGGUCCUGGCACGGUACAACUGGGCCAAUGGUUGGAUGUGUGAGAAUAGCUCCGUGUGUCUCUUCCAGUACUAUAGGUGUAACUGUAGCGGGUAACUCUGCUGGAAACUUGGCACUCACGAUGGGCACAACCAAGACAUUUCAUCUAGAUGUCACUAUUACAAAAAUCAAUGGAGAUGAUGUAAGUGGCAGCGACCUGUACGUGGUGAAAGUGUUUUUAGCGUCUAGUGAGUCUGGUUUACAGCCUUUCCCGAGUAGAAAGAAGACUGCGAUUAUUGCUGACAACACGGUGGGAUUUUCAACCGGCACCCCUGCUUUACUGAACAACGUCAUGGUCUCGAUGAACUUCAAGAACAAGAUCUAUUGCCAGCGAUCGAAUGUAACCUACUUUACACAUAUAUGUGUUGACGUAAUCGCUAAACACACAGCUACCCCAAGCUGGGCAAUUUCGGAAGGCAGUACGACUGAAGACUGUGUUCCACUCACCUCAUGCCAAUCUCAGCCAUUAUUGAGGUUUACAAUCGACGGACUCGAUAUCAGGUCAUCGGAAGAUAUGGUAGCGGGAAACGAUUUCGAUGUUAUCCUUAGUUUUGAAGUAACUGUCAUGAGCAGUGCCACCUCAUCAAAUUCCGACGAAUGGUUAGUGAACGGUUUUCUGGCAACUUCCUCAACUGGUAGCGGAGCGACAGACGAGGUUCAGGUGGCAACACCGGAAGUAUCUGAGAGCGUUACUCAAAGUGGCAAUACUGAGACCGUAUAUACAUUUACUGACCUGGAAUUUACUAUACCAGCCGAAAGUCGGUGUGGCGGCUUGUCGCAUUUCUGCGUGAGUCUUGCUCGAGAAGCUACGGCUGAUUGGUACUUUGAUGCUUUUGAUCCAUUGCCUAAUGUAAAAUGUACGCCAAUCACGUGUUCGACAGAUACUGCAACCACUGUUACAUACAGUGCUGUAACUGGAUUACUGGGAUUAAUUCUUUGUAUAUGGUUUAAUAAUUAGCAUUCUCAUAAAUGAAUAUAUUAUGCACUAGAUUUUAAUUCUUAUUGUAUUCAAUAUUGCGAUUAUCGACCCUUUAUAACAAACACGAAACUGACAGGUCGGGGCUUCGGCUUUAUUGUGUCGUUCAGUGGAUGUGACAUUCCGAUAACUCUCAACACCCUAAAAGUUUAACGUCGUAAACGGUCAUUAAAUUGAGCAUAAUAAAACAUUAUCAACAUCCGUUUUCAAUCAAGCGAAACAAAAUACAG